GCGUCGAUAGCGCCAAUGCCCAGGCGGUCUAGACCCGGUCCACUAAUCGAUAGGCUCUGGAGCCCGUGGACCGGAUCCUCUCCUCCCUCCUUAAACGCGAAGCGAGCACGCCCAAAUUGCACCCACCACAAUCGCUAAUCACUCACCCGGGCCGAGCGAAUCGAAUCGUGCACGCGCAGCGAUCGCCGGCGAUGGCGAGCCUCACCCUGCCGCCGGCGCCCACCAACCCGCGCCAGGACGCCGUCGACCUCCACAAGGCCUUCAAAGGGUUUGGCUGUGACAGUACAGCAGUAAUAAACAUACUUACUCAUCGUGACUCGGUGCAACGUGGACUCAUUCAACAGGAAUACAGGACUAUGUAUCAUGAGGAACUCUCCCACCGUAUUUCAUCUGAACUCAGUGGACACCACAAGAAAGCUAUGUUGCUGUGGAUUCUUGAUCCUGCUGGACGUGAUGCUACUGUUUUGAGAGAAGCUCUAAGUGGUGACACUAUGGAUCUGAGAGCAGCCACUGAGAUAAUAUGUUCCAGGACACCUUCACAGUUGCAAAUAAUGAAACAGACUUAUUUUGCGAGAUUCGGUACUUAUCUUGAACACGACAUUGGUCACCAGACAUCCGGCGAUCACCAGAAGCUUUUACUUGCCUAUGUGGGAAUUCCACGCUAUGAAGGCCCUGAGGUUGAUCCUACUAUAGUGACACAUGAUGCAAAGGACUUGUACAAAGCUGGUGAGAAAAAGCUGGGCACGGAUGAGAAGACUUUCAUUCGCGUUUUCACUGAACGCAGUUGGGCACACUUGGCAUCUGUUGCUUCUGCUUACCAUCAUAUGUAUGACCGGAACUUAGAGAAGGUUAUCAAGAGCGAAACAUCUGGAAACUUUGAAGUUGCACUUUUGACGAUUCUCAGAUGCGCAGAGAAUCCAGCAAAGUAUUUUGCUAAGGUCCUACGAAAGGCCAUGAAAGGUCUAGGUACUGAUGACAAGACACUUAUAAGGGUCGUGGUAACGAGGACUGAGAUUGAUAUGCAAUAUAUCAAAGCAGAGUACUACAAGAAAUAUAAGAAGCCGUUAGCCGAGGCUAUCCAGUCUGAAACAUCAGGGAAUUAUCGGGCAUUCCUUCUUUCGCUUGUUGGUCAUGGCCAUUAGGCUAUGUUUCAACCAUGGGACGUAAUAAUUCCAUCAGUCCACCUAAACGCAGAGACCUACCUGGAAAAGUAUGAUGUCGCCAUUUCUCUGUCGUGAACUUGUCUAACUGCCAGUUAUAUGUUCCUAGUAUGCUUGUCUAAACCAUUCAUGUUAUCAUGUAUAUAUUUGGAUCUGGGGGUAUAGUUGGAAAUCUGGACGAGGCACCAGAACGAUUGCUGGUUACAGUGGACUGGUUUGGCUCCAUAAUACCAAUAUAUAAUGUCAUGUUUAUGUGUGCUUAA